AUGGCUACGCGCGACACAGAUGACCAGCAGCAAAGACUACGGUUCCAGAUUGAGUUGGAGUUUGUGCAAUGCCUGGCUAACCCCAACUACUUGAAUUUCCUCGCCCAGAGAAAUUAUUUCAAAGAUCCUGCCUUCAUCAACUAUUUGAAGUAUCUCCAGUAUUGGAAGGAACCUGAAUAUGCGAAGUUCUUGAAAUAUCCCAUGUGUCUUCAUUUCCUGACCCUCCUGCAGUACGAAUCUUUCCGGAAAGAGCUGGUCAACACUCAUUGCGCCAAGUUCAUCGAAGAGCAGCAGCUUCUGCAUUGGCAGCAUUAUACCAAAAGAAGAGCGCACAUGUUGCAGGAGGCAGUCGAUAAUGCUUCUGUAAAGGCUCUUCCCGUAGCCGUGAAGCAGGAGUCUGAAGCUAUGUGA